AUGAACGGAUUUGAAAGGAAAAAGCGGAAAAGUACUCCAACAGUAGAGAGGAACAAAAAGGUGGAGAUUGUGAAGAACCAUAUAACCCAGGAGUUGGAAGAGUUCAUUACGAAUGAGCUGGAGGGGACAGAAGCGAAGGUGGUGAUCCAGAAAACCUUGUUCUCAAGUGAUCUGAGAAAAAACCAGAACAGGUUGAGUAUGCCCAUGAAACAACUGAAACCGGAUGAGUUCUUGAGGAAAAAUGAGAAAGAAGAUUUUGAGAAUGGAAUGGAAUUGGAGGUGGGAUUGUUGGGGCCAAGAUUAGAGAUGCAUGCGAAUCCGAUGAUGUUGAAGAUGUGGCAUAUGAAGAAGACCAAAAACUACGUCCUCAAAACCAACUGGAACGAGUUUGUGAUGGCGAAUGAAAAGGAUUUCAAGAAUAAGGAGAACACAGAGAUUCAGGUUUGGUCGUUUCGCAGAAAGGAGAAGCUAUGCUUUGCAAUUACAUUUUUGGAGAAAGAUGUUGAAGGUCAAAACGACGCCACUUAA